AUGCUUUCAUCCACAUUGAGAACCGCCCGUGCUUCGCGCUCCGCCUUUGCCUCCAUCGGCGCCAUCAGAACCAAGGUCUCGUUGCCAGACUUGGACUGGGACUUCAACGCCUUGGAGCCAUUCAUCUCGGCCCAAAUCAACGAGAUCCACUACACCAAGCACCACCAAACUUAUGUCACCGGCUACAACCAGGCAAUUGAACAGGCUGCUGAGGCUAAGGCCAAGGGUGAUGUUAAGAAGACCAUCGAAUUGCAGAAGCUCAUCAACUUCCACGGUGGAGGAUACACCAACCACUGUUUGUUCUGGAAGAACUUGGCCCCUGAGAAGCAGGGUGGUGGUGAGCCACCUUCGUCUGACUCCGAGUUUGCCAAGAAGAUUGAGGAGCAGUACGGCUCUCUCGACAACUUGAAAUCCAUCACCAAUGCCAAGUUGGCAGGUAUUCAGGGUUCCGGAUGGGCCUUCAUUGUCAAGAACAAGGAGAACGGUGGCGCCUUGGAGGUGGUCACCACUGCCAACCAGGACACUGUGACCGGACCAUUGGUGCCAUUGGUUGCCAUUGACGCUUGGGAGCACGCCUACUACUUGCAGUACCAGAACGUCAAGGCUGACUACUUCAAGGCCAUUUGGAACGUUAUCAGCUGGAAGGAGGCCGAGAAGAGAUACUUGGUCAAUUAA